AUGUUCAAACAGCUAACAAAUGAAAAACUAAAAGAUCUCGCAGAGGAAGUAGAACUUACAGCUUCGGGUAAAUCUGAGGGACAGAUGGAGAUUUAUGAGAAAGAUACUAUCCCCUUUCAAACUCUACACAUAGACCAUCUUGGUCCUCUGGAAGAAACCAUAGAUGGAUAUAAAUAUAUUUUAGUCAUGAUAGAUGCUUUUACUAAAUUCGUAUGGCUACAGGCAACCAAGUCCACAGGUACAACAGAAGUUGUGAAGCAUUUAGAAUCUCUGUUUAAUAACUUCGGAUAUCCGAAUAAGAUUAUUAGUGAUAGAGGCACAGCCUUCACCUCGAGUCAAUUUACGGACUAUUUAAAAGAUAAUGAAGUAAAACAUGUAAAAGUAGCGGUAGCGUCACCAUGA